AUGUUCGGCGCGCUGCGGAGAUGUCCCGCAUCCCUAUCCAGGAGCCUUUCGUCUUCUACACUUUCGACUAGUGCAGUGCGAUUACGGCUGCUGCCCUCAUCGAACGCGAUAAGGAUAUCAGCUGCCCGAGUGCCGGGCGUCGCGACGGCGGCAUUCCACCAGAGCGCAAAGUGGCGACAGCAAGUCGCUACCGCUGAACGAGUUGAUCAGCAGCAUGGACAAGAUGGACCCGUCACACACUUCAAGGACCUCGCAUCUCGCGGGUUGGUGCAUCCGAAUGUCAUCAAUACCAUUACAAAGCAGAUGAAGCUAGAAACCAUGACGGACGUUCAAUGCCGGACUAUCAAUGAGGCAUUGAGUGGGGUCGAUAUCAUUGCGCAAGCAAAGACAGGUACUGGUAAAACCCUCGGUUUCCUGAUCCCCGUCGUGCAACGAAUCAUACAGAACGACCCAAAACUGGCCGAGAAGCCUCGCGGCUACAAGCGCGCUAAGCCAGAUGAUAUCAGAGCCAUUAUCAUCUCGCCGACGCGGGAACUGGCAGAGCAGAUUGCAGUCGAGGCAAAGAAGAUUACCUCCGGCACUGGCUUGGUGGUGCAGAUUGCCGUGGGCGGGACACAAAAGAGGGCGAUGCUCCAAAAGACGCAGAGGGAGGGAUGUCAUAUCCUGAUCGGUACGCCUGGCCGAUUAUGCGAUAUCCUUUCCGACGCGUACUCCGGUGUCAAGGCGCCUAACCUCAAUGCUCUCGUCAUGGAUGAAGCGGAUCGCCUACUUGACGAAGGUUUCUCGAAGGAAAUCGACGAUAUCAAGAGCUAUCUGCCGGACCCCCAACAGGUGGAGCGACAGACGCUGAUGUUCUCCGCGACGAUCCCUCGCAAUGUCGUAGAUCUGGUCAGAAAGACUAUGCGACCGGGUUUCCACUACGCCAAAUGCGUGAGCGAGGACGAAGUACCUACGCACGAGAGAGUGCCGCAGAACAUGGUCCAUGUUGAGGGUUUCGAAAACAUCAUGCCGACCUUGUACGAGCUCGUCUUGCAAGAACACGGGGAAGCCAAGUCCGGCGAAUCACCUCCGUUCAAGGCUAUCAUCUACUUCAACUCGACUGCCGAGGUCACUCUUGCCGCAUCCGUCUUCUUCAAACUUUCAGGAGGUUUCAAGCGCGACAAGCCACUCCAUGGUGUUCGAGCGUAUGAAAUCCACUCUAAGCUCUCGCAAGCACAGCGCACGAGGGCUUCCGACGACUUCCGCUUCUGCCAGUCUGGUAUCCUGUUCUCAUCCGAUGUCACCGCCCGAGGAAUGGAUUUCCCGAAUGUCACCCAUGUCAUCCAGGUCGGUCUUCCCCGAGACCGUGAUUCUUACAUUCACCGGCUGGGCCGCACAGGUCGCGCGGGCAAAGAAGGAGAAGGCUGGCUUAUCCUCACGCCAUUCGAGCGCCAGGAGGUGCGUCGCAGGCUGCGAGACCUCCCGCUUAAGCAUGACACUUCCCUCCAGAGCCCGAAAGUCGACAUGUCCGCACCUACCGAGAUGCCAGAGACCGUAGCCAAGAUGCUGGGCGAAGUCGUUGAAGCACACAAGAGAGUGUAUCCGGAUCAGCUGGACGCCGCAUUCAGGGGCUUGUUUGGGAGUUUCCAGUGGUACGGUGACAAGCAGGGCCUGUUGGAGGGUGCGAACAGGCUUGCGGAAUUUGGAUGGGGGAUGCCGCAGCCGCCUAAUCCGCCCGCGGCGCUAUUCCAGGGCGGAGGAAGGAGGAGGGCUAGUGGGUCUGGCGGGUUUGGUGGAAGAGGAGGCUCUGGCGAUAGAGACAGGAGAGCAGGCGGCUUUGGAGACAGUGCUGGCUUUGGUGAUAGGGACAGGAGAGGAGGCGGCUUUGGAGACAGGGCUGGCUUUGGCGAUAGGGACAGGAGAGGAGGCAGCUUUGGAGACAGUCGCGGCUCUGGCGAUAGGAGAGGUGGUGACCGUGGGUUUGGUGGGAAGCCAAGACGACCGGGGGGCUUUGGGGACAGGCCUGGAGGGGAGAGGAAGAAAAGAGUGGCUGACUUCUACUGA